AUGGUACAUUGGGAUGCAUAUUCAUCAUUUACGGAAAAAGUUUAUAAAUGCAAUGAUAACGAAGAAUUUUGUGCAUCUUUGUAUGAUCGAGGUGCUGAAACUUGGUAUCUUCGAGCAAUACCAUUGGAUAAGAAAUGUUAUUCUACCGCUGAGUUGAAAAGUCGAAUAAACUGUAGCAUAGAUACAUUCAAUGAAGGUUGUUUCAUGGAUCCACGUUAUAAUACCUACGAACGUAGUACGUCAAAAUUACCGGUUUGCAUUUGCAAAGGUGAUUAUUGUAAUACGCAGGAAAAAAUUGAAAAUAUUUGGUUGGAACAAAAUAUUUACAAAUUUCAUGAUCCUGAAAAUUGUGAUGAGAAAUCGAGCAGAAAAGAUUCAAUUAUGGAAGCUUUAACAUCUGAUAGUAGUAUAGCAUUAACUAAAAUUAUUACCACAACCAAAUUAUCAAAAUCGAAUCAGGAAAAAACAACAAGAGCUACCAAAAAGAUGAAAUUAACAACAACAACAACAACAACAACAACAACAACAACAACAACUACUACUACUACAGAAAUGUCGGAAUCAAGUUCAGAAGCAAUAACAACUGAAGAAAAGUUAGAAUUAUACGUUGAAACAACAAAAAAUGCUGCAGAAAUGUUGGGAUCAAGCACUGAAGCAACAAUAAUCACUACAGAAUCAGAAUCAACCAUAGAAUCAACAACAACUGGUACAGAAUCAGAAUCAGAAUCAACCAUAGAAUCAACUACGACUGCUACAGAAUUGGAAUCAGAAUCAACCACAGAAUCAGCAACAACUGGUACACAAUCAGGAUCAAUCACAGAAUCAACAACAACUGGUACAGAAUUGGAAUCAGAAUCAACCACAGAAUCAACUACGACUGCUACAGAAUCAGAAUCAACUACGACUGCUACAGAAUCAGAAUCAGAUACAACUAUAACAGCAACAACUGCAAGAAAUUUAUCAGAAACAAGUGGGAUGAGAACACUAACUACUAAUGAUGGUCAUGAUGCAACAAUAAAUGGUACAGAAAUUACAGAACUUAUUUUCAAAAAAGCAUAA